UCGCUCGCCGGCCAGCCUCGUGUGCGCGUCUGUGCGUGUGUGUGCUUCGGGUUUAACUAUCUUUGCUCGCUGCAGCCGACUCGACCGACAGACGGGAGGGAGGUGGGGGAGAGAGCGCAGAGUCUGGUCUGACCUUCCCCCGCCAAAUGCUGUAACUCAUCCGUGCUUUCCCCAUCCCUGUCUCCUACUACUCAAGGGCUGAAGCACUGGGUGAGUGUGAAGAUCGUUAGACGAAGGACCCGGCAGCAGUAUGACUGCUCGACUAGCAGCAUUCCCAGCCAUGGACCGGCACAAGAACGGAUGCAGCAACGGCGCCACACCAGACGAGUGCCUUAGUAGUGCGAGACAGAGUCAGCGAGACGAAAACCCUCAUUCCUCGAAGAUGACCGUGCUGAGGCGGUUCGCUCACAGUACGCUGUCGCCUGUCCUUCUGAUGCUGUCCACACCUAACUGGGUCAUGCUGGUCUGGUUCACUGCUUUCCGUUGCGACGGCAGUUACGCAUGUGUUGGUCAGCUUUUCCGAGAAAGAUCGUUCCUCGGGGACUUGCUUAUAUCUGGAGCCAAGUGAACGCACCUACCCCAUUGAUUGUAUUCACACUGGCCGGGUACGUUGUGUUCGCUCUGACCGUCAUGCGCAUUCUACCCGGGAAAACAGUAUACGGGCCGGUAACCCCUAAAGGACACGUACCCGUAUACAAGGACAACGGCUUCGCCUGCUUCGUCACCACCAUGGUAACCUUUUGGCUUCUGACUUUUGUCCUGAAGACAUUUUUCGCUGUCUCGCCCACCUACAUCUUCGACAAAUUUGACGAGGUGCUGGUGACCCUAAACAUCUUCAGUCCUAUUUUCUGCGUGUUCCUGUAUCUGAAAGGCCGUCUGGCACCUUCCUGCACAGACGGUGGCUCCUCGGGCAACAUCAUCUUCGACUACUUCUGGGGCAUGGAGCUGUACCCGCGAGUGCUGGGUUUCGACGUGAAGGUUUUCACCAACUGCCGCUUCGGUAUGACCGUGUGGCCACUCCUGGUCUGCGUCUUUGCUCUCAAAAGUUAUGAGCUUUACGGCUUUGUGGACAGCAUGUUCGUCACCACGACGCUUCAGCUGGUUUACUGCACCAAGUUCUUCUGGUGGGAAGCCGGCUACAUGAACACCAUUGACAUCAUGAUGGACAGAGCCGGCUACUACAUCUGCUGGGGUUGUCUUGUGUUUGUUCCUGGUGUCUACGCUUCGGUCUCACUGUACAUGGUCAACCACCCCGUCCACCUGGGCCUCCCGCUGACAACCUUCCUCCUGGCGCUUGGUGUCCUGUCCAUCUACAUCAACUACGACGCGGACAAGCAGAAGCUGCAGGUGCGGAGCUCGGACGGUCGCUGCCUGGUGUGGGGCCGCAAGCCCAGCAUCAUCCGGGCCAAGUACGUCUUGGACAGCGGCGAGACGCGGGAGUCGAUCCUGCUGGCAUCCGGCUGGUGGGGGCUGUCGCGCCACUUCCACUACAUCCCCGAGAUCCUGCUGGCCUUCUUUUGGUCGGUACCGGCUCUCUUCCAUGACGUCAUGCCCUACACCUACGUCAUCUAUCUAACGACGCUGCUCAUCCAUCGCAGCUUCCGUGACGAAACAAAGUGUUCCAGGAAGUAUGGCUGCUUUUGGAAACAGUACCGCGAUCUGGUUCCACACAAGUUGUUUCCAUUUAUCUUUUAACACACGUAUUAACAAAUUUAAACUGAAAAGAUUUGUAGCUGACAUGCUUUUGUGUGUUGCUCUUUACUUUUUUAAUUUUGAGGGUUAAUAGUAAGCAAAUGUAGUACAUAAGGUUUAAUCUUUUAAACCAUAUUCUUUAUUAAUGUAUACAUAUAUACAACUUUUACAUAUAAUUAUUGUUUUGUGCAUUUCUUUAUGUAUUUAUUUAGUCCAAGAAGUAUUAAAAUCUGCCAGUGAUAGCGUAGUUUACAUCUGUGUUGUACUGGAGUAAACAACCAGACAGAGCCGGCAACAGCUGUUUCAAUCAUAACAAUGCAAUUAAGAAAGUACAAUCACUGAAGAUACUCCAAAAUAAUUACAAUCACUUACUGGUCACUUGUUGUUUAAUGUGCUGAAAGCUGGUGAAAAUUAGAUAGUAAAUGAAACCAGUUCAAUGAUUACCUCAACGAGCUGAACCAAAAGAAGAGAAAACUUUUAUCUUUGAUGGGUCAAGGUAAUUAGAAGCUCUAUUUGAAAUUUUCAUGCAUAUAUGACCUAUGUGUCUGUUGAGCAUUUAUGCAUACGCUCGUGUAUAGCAUUUUUUGUGCAAAGUAAAAGUGCAACAUGAAGUGUAAGAGUUACACUUACAUUGAACACUGACCUGCUAAAACAGGUUGCGAUGGUGAUUAUUCAUGAAUGUCAGACAACACAGUCAAAAUACCAAGAAAGUGUUUUACUUUGAUUCACUUGUAAGAGAUAGGUAAUCGUGUAAAGAGGCCAAAAGUGUAUGCGCUAUAUAUACAAAUAUUUUUCAAAAAGUAAUGCUUGAUACGUCCUAUUGUAGUGAGCACUUUUGUUCUUCAUUUUUGUCUGGGUAAUGUUAUGUCCAACUGCUUGCGACACCUAUAAAAAAAAUGACCCCCUUUCCACCUACAUCAGUAAGCGGUUAUUACUCUUGUGUUUUCACCAACUAGGAAGUAAUCUCCUUUUCUCCCUAUACAGAAGAGCUCAUUCUUAAUAUAUAACUUUUUUCAUAGCGAUGAAACUUAAAGACAAGCUUCAUUGGUUAAAACAUGUGGGGUAGAUUUUAUUUCUAAAUAAAAAUGGCGUAAUCUGCUUUCAAGUUGCUUAACUAAUGAACACAGGAAGGAGUGGAGUAAAUGCACUCAUAUUUUAAGCAGUAGAUAGAAGUUCAGUGCAUGCUUCUGGCAGGCGAGUGGUAAAGCCCCCCAUUUACCCAGAAGAGAUAGGUACCCGUUUGAUGUUAGAAAAUAAAGAAGGGUGGCGUAAUGAAACACACCGUUGGACCUUUUUCUUUAGAAAUCUCAUAUGAAAUUAAGAUCCUUUUUUUUAAGAAAUGAAAACGAGGAAUUAAAAUAAAAAUGUCCCACCCGUUUCGUGCAGUGGAAGAGUUAAAUGUGUUCAGAAUAAACUCAUUUGUGAUUCUGUGUACUAUAUGACGACGUUUUACCUUUACGUCUGACAAAUGGGCAUUGCUUGAAAACUCUCAGUCUUUCAAGUCGUCUUUCUUCCAUCGCAGAACAAUGAAGUAUUGGCUAAAAUAAAUUUCAUUUGAGAUUCUG